GUAACCUUUUCGAAGGUACAAUUUCAAUGGCCUUCAGACAAUUGAAAGGUAUUCAAGAACUAGAUGUUUCUAGGAACAACUUGUCUGGACAGAUUCCAAGGUUUCUCGGGGAGUUUCGAUUCUUUCAAUAUCUCAAUCUUUCCUACAAUAUGUUUGAUUGUGAAGUUCCAAAUGGAGGAGUUUUCACAAAUAGUAGUGCCUUCUCAGUUGUUGGAAAUAGUAAGCUAUGCGGUGGAAUUAAACUAUUGCAAUUGCCUACAUGCCCGAUUGAAGUCUUACAUGAAAGGAAACGACCUUCCAACCAUAGAGUAAUAGUUCUAGUAGUUACUCUCACUAUUGUUGUAUUAUCAUUGUGCAUUCUAGCUAUUCUUUACCGGAACAGAAGGUCGAGGCAACAAGUCAAUUUAGCCUCACCCUUGGAAAACCAAUAUCCACAACUCUAUUAUGGAGAACUUUUUCAAGCAACCAAUGGAUUCUCUGCAGCCAACUUAAUUGGUGAGGGAGGACAUGGUUAUGUCUAUAAGGGGAUUCUCAACUCGGAUGAACAAAUUGUUGCCGUGAAAGUACUCAACCUACAUGAACAUGGAGCGAACAAGGUUUUUGUAACAGAAUGUCAAGCACUGAAGAACAUUCGCCACUGGAAUCUUGUCAAGAUAAUUACAGCUUGCUCAAGCAUUGAUUUUAAAGGCCACGACUUCAAGGCUUUGGUCUUUGAGUUCAUGGAAAAUGGGAGCUUAGAAAAUUGGUUACACCCAUGUCUUUUAGAGCAACAUGAACCUAAGAACUUGAACUUUGUUCAAAGGCUAAACAUUGCCAUUGAUGUGGCAUGUGCAUUGGAUUAUCUUCAUCAUCAUUGUGAAAUGACCUUUAUUCAUUGUGAUUUAAAGCCAAGUAAUAUUCUUCUUGAUGCUGAUUUGUGUGCCCAUGUUGGUGAUUUUGGAUUGGCAAAGAUUUUUUUUGCAACCAAUGGAAUUUCUAUUCGUCAGCAAUCUAGUUCAAUUGGGAUCAGAGAAACAAUUGGCUAUGUUGCCCCAGGUAAUUGUUUAUUGCUUCUUACAUUGAAAUUGAUUAAGAAAUAUUAUUUAGUUACAUUAUAUUAUUAUCUCGCGCUGAACUAAAAACCAAUUAUGAGAUUGUAUAGAAAUUAAGCCAUGUUUUAGAGAUGACUUUCUUUAACUUUGCCUUAUUGUUUGUAUAGCUGUCACAACAAAUGAAAUCAACCAUUGUCCUACCCCUAUGGUAUUUGAACAUAGAUUUUAACCCUUGACAUAAUUUUAUCUUUUGAAAUAUUGAACCUUUUUUUUGUUUUUUUUUGUUUUUUUAGCAAAAGAAAUACAACUUACUAGUUCAACAAUUAUACCAAAAUUAAAAAUUUUGGGCAUUUUUUUUCACUAUUUCAUAUUGCAGAGUAUGGUAUCGGUGAGGAGGUAUCAACGCAAGGUGAUAUGUAGAAUUAUGGAGUGUUACUACUAGAAAUGUACACAGGAAAAGGACCAACUAGUAACAUGUUUACAGGUAAUGUAAACCUCCAUAGCUAUGUAAAAAUGUGUCUUCCGGAGCAAGUAAUGCAGAUUGUUGAUCCCCAAAUCAUAUUGGAAAUGGAAGUGGAGCCAAGUAGGAGCAUGCAAAGUAGUACAACCAACAUUUCUAAACCAGAGCCUUGCCUAGUACCAGUCUUUCAAAUUGGAGUUUCAUGUUCUGUUGAAAUGCCGAGUGAAAGAAUGAGUGUGAAAGAUGUUCUCAAAGAACUACACAAGAUUAGAAAUGUAUUUCUUGGGGUUAGGGGACAAAGGCAUUAGGAUGGAAGAAGAAAUGAUUCUUAACUAAAGCCACAUCUGUAGGUUAUUUUGAUGUUCUAGAAUUUUAUGUCCUUCACUUUUCUUCACCCCUCUCUUUUCUUUUCUGAAUUUCUAAUUGUUGAGCUAGAAAAGGCAUGAAAAUGGUUGUACUUGUGGCAUUGUCAUCAAAUAUUUAUAACUAGUCAAGGUUUCUAUACAUUUAUAU